UGUGCCGUCAAAACCUAGAUCCCGCCCACGCAAUUUCAUAUCUUCUCUAACAUUAUGGCAAUGACGACGGUCGACUGAGUGUUGCAGCUCCUCCGAAGGUCUCUCGACUCGGUUAUCUGAGGAUCUUAGCAUCACUAUCGUUUGCUCUAAUGGCAUCUCAACACCGCAGUGGUAAUGACACCGACGGCAGUCCAUUACCAGAGGGUAGCUUGGAUAUGGUUCCCAACAUAGGGGUAAUAGCAGCUGGCGCUAGACGUUGUUGGACAGAACGCGAGGAGGCGAUUCUUAUGUCAGCUAUGAAAGAGUUGGCUGCAACCGGAUGGAAGUCGGACAAUGGCUUCCGUUCAGGUUAUCUAACCCAUGCUCUGGAGGCAAUGAAACGUGAAUUUCCAAAAACUGAUAUUGUUGUUCACCCUCACAUCAAGUCGAAAAUCACCACUUGGAAAAAGAAUUACUAUUCUCUAAUGCAAAUACUUGACCGUAGUGGAGUUUGUUUCAAUACGGAUGGUGAGUACAAGAUAGAUAUCGAUGAUGAACAAUGGGCACGAGUUGUGCAGAAAGACAGCAACGCCAAGUAUAUGAGGAAUAAGUCGUGGCCUAUGUUGAGUGACUGGAAGGAGAUUUUCGGCAAGGACCGUACGGAGGGGCUUAAGGGCAUGGACACCAUGGAGGCGGUUCAAAAGAUAUAUGGUUCUAAGAUUGAUGUUGGUGAAAGUUCAGCUAAGUCUUCACCAAUUACUUUAGAUGAACUCUUCCCCGAUGAAGUUUUUCCUAGCAGUAUGAUGCCAGAGAUGGUAGAUGAUAGCACUUCGGCACUGGCACCGGCACCGGCACCGGUGAGAGUACCUACGAGGGUGCAAAACAAAGUGCCGAAGAAGAGGAAGGCCGAGGACAAGAUGGACAGUGUCCUUGCUUUGAUGAAUCGCAUCCAUGAAGACACCAAUGAUCGGCUGAAGGACAUCUCUAACCGAAUUGGUUAUGAGUUUGAUCUAAGCACGAAGAGAACCGAGGUCUUCAACCAGCUGAAGGGCCCGGGCUGACCAUCAAACAACAAUUUUAUGCCGCAAUAAAGUUAGUCAAGGAGCCUGAGCUUAUGGAUCUGUUUAGGGGAUUGGAUGAAUGGGCGCGCCCGGCGUUUGUGCUCGACCUCCUAGAGACCGAUGGAAUGAUUUGAAAUUGGUUAAGUCUGUGGCUUUUGUAGGUAUUUUGUUAUCUAUCGUGGUUUAAACAUUAUGCCAUGUAACUAAUUAGGGCGGCUGCAUCAGUAUGUAGUAUGCUAACUACUUUUUUUGGUGUUUCACGUUGGGAUGCAUAGCCAUAGUUUGUAUUUUGUUUUAUGACUAUUAUCGCUCCAUAAUUUGAGAAUCUGAUGCAUUUACAA